UAUAUUUAUAGAUAACUAUUGUAUUAAUUAGCUAUUAAAUUAACUAUAGAUGAUUUGAAGCUAAUAGUUGGCUAUAGGAUUAAACUUGCUCUUGCUACCAGUCUACCUGUGCCGGCUUAAUUCCCUUUCAGCUAGCACAGUGCCGUUCCGGCGCGGGGCCAGUGCCAAGAACGGCUCAAGCCUCCCUGUAUAAAUAACCCGCUAGGUGCCCACUCGUACUUGGCAAUUGGCAACUAUCUCUGCUUCCCCUGUUGUUCCCUCUCGCGCCAAAACAUUUGCCGGCAAACCAAAAACAGAGGAGGAGCACACACGCACGACGCGUGGUAGGAGAGUACGGGUACGGCCAUGGAGGUGACCAUGGAGGACGUGGCCGGGGACUUCGAGUUCUCCGGCUGCGGCUCCACCACCACCACCUCCUCCGCGUCCUCCCUCGACGACGGCACGGGGAUGUGCUACGCGUGGGGCGAGCUGUCCCCGGUCGCCGACUGGGCCAACUUCUGCUGCUCCGACGACGACGGCGGCCACGACCUGCACGGCCUCAUCGAGUCCAUGCUCUGCGACGACACGCUCGUCGGCGUCGACGACGACGGCCAAGCUGGCCUCCACCACGCGGAUAUGUUCCGCGACGACCUUUACUGCUACGGCAAUGGCUCCAACCCGAGCAGCACCACCACCACGAACCCUGGCUCGCCGGUGUUCGACGACCCGACGCAGGGCUGCCCCGAGAAGGGCCUCCGGCUGCUCCACCUGCUCAUGGCGGCCGCCGAGGCGCUCUCCGGCCCGCACAAGAGCCGGGAGCUGGCCCGGGUGAUAUUGGUUCGGCUCAAGGAGAUGGUCUCACACACCGCCAGCGCCAACGCCGCCGCGUCCAACAUGGAGCGCCUCGCCGCGCACUUCACCGACGCGCUCCAGGGGCUCCUCGACGGCUCCCACCCCGUCGGAGGGUCCGGCCGGCAGGCGGCCGCCGCGGCGUCGCACCACCACGCCGGCGACGUGCUGACGGCGUUCCAGAUGCUGCAGGACAUGUCGCCGUACAUGAAGUUCGGCCACUUCACCGCGAACCAGGCGAUCCUCGAGGCGGUGUCCGGCGACCGGCGCGUGCACAUUGUCGACUACGACAUCGCCGAGGGGAUCCAGUGGGCGUCGCUGAUGCAGGCCAUGACCUCCCGCGCCGACGGCGUGCCGGCGCCGCACCUGCGCAUCACCGCCGUCUCCCGCAGCGGAGGCGGCGGCGCCCGGGCCGUCCAGGAGGCCGGCCGCCGCCUGUCAGCGUUCGCGGCGUCCAUCGGGCAACCCUUCUCUUUCGGACAGUGCCGCCUGGACUCCGACGAGAGGUUCCGGCCGGCGACGGUCCGGAUGGUCAAGGGGGAGGCGCUCGUCGCCAACUGCGUCCUCCACCAAGCCGCGGCCACCACCACCAUCAGACGCCCCACCGGCUCGGUGGCGUCAUUCCUGUCCGGCAUGGCCGCGCUCGGUGCCAAGCUGGUCACGGUGGUCGAGGAGGAAGGCGAAGCCGAGAAGGACGACGACGGCGACUCGGCCGGCGACGCCGCGGCGGGCGGCUUCGUGCGGCAGUUCAUGGAGGAGCUGCACCGCUACUCCGCGGUGUGGGACUCUCUCGAGGCCGGGUUCCCGACGCAGAGCCGGGUGCGCGGCCUCGUGGAGCGCGUCAUCCUCGCCCCCAACAUCGCCGGCGCCGUGAGCCGCGCGUACCGCGGCGUCGACGGCGAGGGGAGGUGCGGGUGGGGGCAGUGGAUGCGCGGGAGCGGGUUCACCGCCGUGCCGCUCAGCUGCUUCAACCACAGCCAGGCGAGGCUGCUGCUCGGCCUGUUCAACGACGGGUACACGGUGGAGGAGACGGGUCCCAACAAGAUCGUGCUCGGGUGGAAGGCCCGGCGGCUGAUGUCGGCGUCCGUGUGGGCGCCGCCGCCGCUGCCGGUGCCGUCGUCGCCGCCGGAGGGGGUGUGCCAGCCCGUCGUCGGGAUGGCGCCGGUGGCCACCGGUGGCUUCGCGCGGACGGAGUUUGACUAUAUUGAUUCGUUCCUUGUCGAGCCAGCUUACGCGCUAGUUUGAGUCGCCAUCUAGCUUAGCUUUGGAUUGGAUGUGAUCGCAGAAUUCAGACGUAAAAAAAAUGUAGCUCCCGUGUAAGUUGAGUUCCGUUGGUGUGUCAAAACUGUCACUCGCAAGACGUUGAGAGUUGCUAACUCUUAGUA